UGUAUACAAACCUCCUCAUCCUCUUCGUCUCUAGCUCAAAUUCAAACCAUGAAGCCCAACAAAGCUCUCUCACUACUUCUCUUCUUCAUUACCUUAACCCGAUUUCGGCUAAUCCUCUCGUUGACCCCUCCGUUCUCUUGUGACCCAUCAAAUUCACUAACAAAAACCCACUUGUUUUGCAACAGUGCAUUGUCCAUUAGCAAGAGAGCUGAUGAUCUCAUCUCAAAACUAUCUUUAGAGGAGAAGAUAGCUCAGCUGGGCGAUAUCGCCCCUCCAAUUGAUCGGCUGGGGAUUCCGGGCUACAAAUGGUGGUCUGAGUCUCUUCACGGGGUGUCGAACUCCGGCAAGGGGAUACAUUUCAACGGAGCAAUUCAAUCUGCUACGAGUUUUCCUCAAGUUAUUCUCACUGCUGCCUCUUUCAAUCCCAAACUCUGGUACCAAAUAGGCCAGGUUAUUGGGACAGAAGCUAGGGCAAUCUACAACGCAGGACAAGCCGAAGGGCUAACUUUCUGGUCGCCAAACAUAAAUAUAUUCAGAGACCCGAGAUGGGGCAGAGGUCAAGAGACACCGGGAGAGGAUCCUAUGAUGAGUGGAAAAUAUGCAAUCUCCUAUGUUAGGGGACUCCAGGGGAAUUCCUACAAUGGAAACAACUCUGAAGAGCUUAAGGUUUCAGCUUGCUGCAAGCACUUCACAGCUUACGACAUGGACAAUUGGAAGGGGAAAACUCGAUACACGUUUAAUGCGAUGGUAUCUGUACAGGAUUUGGAGGAUACUUAUCAGCCUCCUUUUAGGAGUUGCAUUCAAGAGGCUCAAGCUAGUGGAGUGAUGUGCUCUUAUAAUCAAGUCAAUGGAGUGCCCACUUGUGCUGAUUACAAUUUUCUAACCAAAACUGCAAGGGGUUCUUGGGGAUUCUAUGGAUACAUCACCUCAGACUGUGAUGCAGUUUCCAUCAUCCAUGAUGCUCAGGGAUAUGCAAAGACGUCAGAAGAUGCAGUUGCAGAUGUUCUCAAAGCCGGAAUGGAUGUGAAUUGUGGUACCUAUGUGCAAAAGUAUGCUGCCUCAGCCGUACAACAAGGAAAACUUUCAGAAUCAGACAUUAACCGAGCACUUCACAACCUCUUCUCAAUCAGAAUGAGGCUCGGUCUCUUCAAUGGCGACCCAAAAACUCAUCUAUAUGGAAAGCUCUCUCCCGAUCAAGUCUGCACAAAGAAGGCCAGGAAUUUAGCCCUUGAAGCAGCGAAAGAAGGCAUAGUCCUACUAAAGAACUCACCUAAUCCCCUCCCUUUGACAAAAUCGAAGAUCACUUCCCUUGGUGUGAUUGGCCCGAAUGCAAACAUUGUUAUGUUAGGAAACUAUGCAGGGCCUCCUUGCACUUCCAUAACUCCUCUUCAAGCACUUCAGAGUAACGUUAAAAACACCAAAUUUGUGCAAGGGUGUGAAAAUGUGGCUUGUGCAUCAGGCUCAAUAGAAGAAGCUGUAAAGUUAGCCAAGUCAGUAGACCAAAUUGUUAUGUUCAUGGGGUUAGAUCUCACUCAAGAGAGGGAGGAACUCGAUAGAGUGGAUUUAGUGUUGCCCGGGAUGCAGCAAACACUAAUUACAGAGGUGGCCAAAGUAGCGAAGAAGCCGGUGAUCUUGGUUCUACUGUGUGGUGGUCCUGUGGAUGUUAGUUUUGCGAAGGAUGAUAAGAAUAUUGGGGGAAUAUUGUGGGCUGGUUAUCCUGGUGAGGCUGGUGGACUGGCUAUUGCUGAUGUUAUCUUUGGCAAACACAAUCCAGGGGGGAGAUUACCAGUUACAUGGUACCCGCAGGACUUCACAAAGGUCCCAAUGACCGAUAUGAGGAUGAGAGCUGACCCUGCCUCCGGAUAUCCAGGCAGAACCUAUCGUUUCUUUACAGGCACUCCAGUCUUCAAAUUUGGCUAUGGCCUCAGCUACUCAACUUACUCUUACGAAUUCACCUCAAGAACUCAGAGUUCCCUCUACAUGAACAAAACAAUCAGUCUCCAAUCUGUCAAGGACUCACAAAACACCAUCAGCUAUGAUAUAUCAGACUUGGGCACUGAUGAAUGUCAACAGCUUGCAUUUCCUGCAGCAUUGAGAGUAAGAAAUCACGGGCCAAUGCCCGGAAAGCAUUCGGUGCUUCUUUUCUUAAAAAGAGCUAAUGUUCAUGGUGGAAGGCCAAUGAAACAAUUGAUUGGGUUCGAGAGUGUAGACCUUGCUGCUGGAGAGAAUACACAUAUCGAGUUUGCUUUGAGACCUUGUGAGCAUUUGAGCAGGAUUGGGGAAGAUGGCAAGAUGUUGAUAGAUGCAGAGUCUCAUUUCUUGGUGGCGGGGGACGAAGAAUUUGAAUUUAACAUAUUGGGCUGAAGUUUGUUGGUUCAAAGUUUGAACAUUUUGGCUCAAGGAGAUGCACUUGGAUUUUUCUUGAAUAAUGCAAUCAAAGAGAUUAAUGUUUACUUCUAUUAGAAAUGGCCUUUGAUGCAAUUCCAGAAUCCAUUCAUAUU